AUGGCGGACCCGGUUAGCAUCACUGCUGCUGUAGGAUGGGGCGUAACCGCAGUAGGUUGGCUCGCCUCACCCAUCAUUCCUAGGCUCCUCAACAAAGCUUUCACCGUCCUGGACUUUAACGCAACUGAGAAGCUGAAGAUUGUUGAUAUGCAAGUUUUACAACUGCAGCGGGUGAUGGAAGUAGUCGACGAGAGCACCUACAGGGCUCGCUUGGAGCCACUGUUAGACAAGCUUAGGUCUGCUCUCUACGAGGCCGAAGACAUCUUGGAUGAUGUUGAGUAUCAGCGCCUCAAGAAGCAGACCCAAGAUGCCAAGUCAUCCGGCAGUAAGAUGGAUUCACUGAAGAAGACUCUUCGGUCUGCCAUGCCAAGAUCCCUCCUAAAAGAUAAGGAGAGUGGUAUGUCAAAAGUGGAAUUGAAGAAGAGCCUAGAGAAGAUAGAAAGUGCUAUAAAUGAUGCAUGUGAAGUUUUGAAACAACUGAACUUGCCAGGUGGACAUAAUGAUGAUGGGAGGCGAGCUGUUGCUACCAAUUCACGCCGUGCAGUCACUACUGCAGCCCCUCCGAUAGGAGUAAUUGGUCGGGAUAAGGAUCGUGACAAGAUAAUCGCAAUGCUUCAUGAGAUGGAAGACCAUUGUCAAGCAAAUACUGUUAGUGAUAAAUGCUAUUCUGUAAUUGGCAUUCAUGGAAUGGCUGGGUCAGGGAAAUCAACACUUGCACAGUGUGUUUAUGAUCAUGAGAAAAAGUGUAGGAAAGACAAAAUGGAAGGACAUUUCGAUAUUGUCAUGUGGAUUCAUGUUUCUCAGAAAUUUGAUUUGGAUACCAUUUUUAGGGAGAUGUUUGAGGGGGCUACAGGGGAAGAAUGCCCGAAAUUCAAUAGUCGUAAUGUCCUGAAGGAAAAACUGGAGGAUGAACUGCGUGGGAAACAGAUUUUACUGGUACUGGAUGAUGUCUGGUACAACAGUAGGAAUUCGGGAGACCGUGAAGAACUAAAAACGUUAAUUUCUCCUCUGAAUGUUGGAAAGGAAGGAAGCAGAAUCUUGGUGACAAGUCGAACUGAAGCUGCAUUAGUAGCUCUAGGUGCUGUAAAAGAGAGAUGUAUUCCAAUAUCUGACUUGGAUGAUGAAGUGUUCCUUAAAAUGUUCAUGCAUUAUGCACUUCGGGAUGCAAGGGUAAGUGACCAUGAUAGAAGAAUACUUGAAAUGAUUGGGGAGGACAUUGCAAAAAAGCUGAAGGGAUCACCUCUAGCAGCCAGAACAGUGGGUUCACGGCUCCGUGGGACACAAACUGUUGAGUUUUGGAGGAGUCAGAAAGAUCGAGACCUUAUGAAUGACACGAUGGGAGCUCUAUGGUGGAGCUACCAGUAUCUUGAUGAGCAGGUCAGGCGAUGCUUCGCUUACUGCAGUAUUUUUCCCAGGCGGCAUAAGUUGAGACGUGAUGAGCUAGUAAAGUUAUGGGUGGCAGAAGGGUUUAUAAAGACUAGUAAGCCUGAAGAGGAAAUGGAAGAUGUUGCUAAAAAUUAUUUUGAUGAAUUACUGUCGGCCUCAUUUCUGCAAAAGGUUGAACUUCGAGAUGGACGUGAGGUUGAUUACUUUACGAUUCAUGACUUCCUGUGUGAUUUGGCGGAGGAGGUUGCUGGAAGAGAUUGCUUCAGGAUUGAGAAAGGCUUCACAGGAGAAGUUCCUCAAGAUGUUCGCUAUCUUUUUGUUGGGACCUAUGACACAAAGAUCCUUGCUGAGAAGAUAUCCGGAUUGCAAAAAUUACGCACUCUCAUCAUCGGCGACAGGAUACAUAUUAACUCAAGUACUGCGUGCAAAGUCUUUGCGGGUAUGUUCACUAAGUUAACCGAGCUGCGGAAAUUGCGGGUACUGAAGAUAAAUUUUGUUGGACUAGCUCAUGCUAGGUUCUCAUUCCCAGAUUCUAUUGGUCAGUUCAAGCAUCUACGAUAUUUUGCUUUUGUGGUGACUGCAUUGGUCGAGCUAACUUUAUCGGGCGCCUUUACCAAGCUUUACCACAUGCAGGUGGUAGACUUUCUUUCUUGCCAACGUUUGGAUUUUUCUAGAGGUGCAGAUAUGAUGAACCUUGUCAACUUGCGCAGUGUAAUCAGCUGGGCAGAUUUCGAUUUUCCUAACGUGGGCAGGUUGAUAUGGCUCCAGAUGCUACCAUUCUUCAGAAUAAGGAGGGAACAGGGCUAUGAGCCACAUCAGCUGAAACACCUAAACAAGCUUCAAGGCAAGCUGGCAAUCCAUGGUCUGCAGAAUAUUGAGAGCAAGGAGGAAGCUCUUGAAGUCAAUCUUGCUGGCAAGGAAAAACUCACAGAACUGGUACUGUGCUGGGAUGAUGAUAGCUGCAGUCCGGAAAUUCAAGCAGAGGUACUUGAGGGUCUUUGCCCAUCCAAGUAUCUUGAAAGACUAGAAAUCCGGAAUUAUCACAGUACAAGGUUACCGAGUUGGAUGAUGGGUAAGCAUAACUGCAGCCCAAAGAACCUUAAAAUACUUGAGCUCCGUGGAUGGAUCCAACUGGGACCUGCUCCUGACCUUGGGGCUUUCAUUCAUCUUCAGUCGCUAUUUCUUUCUGCCUGCAACUGGGAUGCCUUACCAUGCAACAUGGAGCACCUCACAGCGCUCAAGAAACUGGAUAUACAGUCAUGCGAGAAUAUACAAUCGCUCCCAACACUGCCCAAGUCUCUUGAGUGGUUUCAAGUCAUGGGCUGCAUAUGGGAUGCCUUACCAGGCAAUAUGGAGCACCUCACAGCGCUCAAGAGACUGGAUAUAAAAUCAUGCAAGAAUAUACUGUCGCUUCCAACACUGCCCAAGUCUCUUGAGGAGUUUAACAUCAUGAACUGCAGCAGGGAUGCCUUACGAGGAAAUAUGGAGCACGUCACAUCGCUCAAGAAAUUUGAGAUCAGGUCAUGCAAGAAUAUGCGGUCGCUCCCAACACUGCCCAAGUCUCUUGACGAGUUUAUAGUUGUGGGCUGCAGCUUCAAUGCCUUGCCAGGCAAUAUUGAGCACAUCACAUCACUCAGGAGACUGAAUAUACAGUCAUGCGAGAAUAUGCAGUUGCUUCCAACACUUCCAAAGUCUCUUGAGGAGUUUAUCAUCUUAAAAUGCAGCUUGGAUGCCUUACCAGGCAAUAUGGAGCACCUCACAGCGCUCAAGAGACUGGAUAUAAAAUCAUGCAAGAAUAUACAGUCGCUUCCAACACUGCCCAAGUCUCUUGAGGAGCUUACCGUUACAGACUGCAGUUUGAAUGCCUUACCAGGCAAUAUUGAGUGCCUCACAUCACUCAAGACGAUGAAUAUACGGUCAUGCAAGAAUAUACAGUCGCUUCCAACACUGCCCAAGUCCCUUGAGGAGAUUACAGUCAAGUGGUGCAGUGACGAGUUCAUACAAUCUUGUGUAACGACUGAUGAUCCAAACUGGCAGAAGAUUGAGCACAUUCCAAAAAAAAACAAUUAA